GUAAGGCUUGCUCAUAUGCGUUAGACAUACGAUAGCACCCUCAUGAGCUUGUUCGACCUACUUUAAUGCGUUAUAUAUACGAUAUCGCCCUCAUGAGCAGAGACGGGUGCUAAAUUCAGGCAAAGGAGUUACAGACCUAGUCCAAGCUGACGCUAGUUACAGGUGUCUCGAACCACAUUUGAUCCAAUGAUGUCCAACCACCAAAUACGCCGCGCUACCGCGGAUGAUUUCCAAGCGGUCAUGGAUUUUGGGGAUGUCAUUUUCGGACUUGACUACCUUCCACAGCUUUACCACAGCUUCAUUGACGACCCCAACGCCAGAUCAUACGUAUACAUCGUCGGCGAGGAGAUCGUUGGAUUCUGCAGUCCCCACCUUAUCGACGAUGGGGCGACGUUUCUUAUGCGGGCAAGCAGGGUUAAGGAUGGCUUCCGGGGUCAAGGUAUUUAUGGCCUGCUUCUGAAGCAUGUGCAUGAAGAUUUCAAAGGUACAGACACCAUCAAAUACGACGUCAUGUGCGUUAACGAUAUCAACUAUGGGGCCAAGAAGGAAAGCCUGAAUAGAACACAUACGGUAAUCUCACAGAAGGCAACCCUAUAUUACCAAGCCAAGUUAGCAGAUGUGACGCUGCCAAUGAUGUCUACUGACGAUCGCCCAGAAGCAUUUACAACUGCAGAUAUGAAGUCACUCUUGGAUUCAAAAGAAUCACGUGAAAGUCUGUUUCCAGAUGGCAGGAUGAUGGUGGCGAUGCUACCUCUUGGACUACUCCCUGCCAACUUGAAGUACAUGAUGCCACCAAACUCAUUUGCGCUUCAGUCAAGGGCAGACAACACCCACGUGUCACUUCUUUCAGUUGGGACAUCUGUAGAAUGCCAAAGGGGUCUGAGAUACAUGUGUGACGUUUUCGGAAGUGACGCCACAUCAUUACGUCACCAUCUAGUAUGCCACUUGUACAACGCACGUAGUCUGACGCAGGAUCUCGUAAUAUUUGAGAUCAUCAUUGAGACCAGCUUCUCUGAUAGUGCUGACGACAUCAUGAAGGAUGCGGGUGUUCCUUUCCUAGACCUAAAGAAGAAAAGGAUGAUACUUCUUGAGAAAUUGUUUGAGUGAGUUGCAUCUAUAAUAUAGAUAAUUUCAUCCUAUAUGUUGUAGACAUUUCAUCUUAACCAGACGUACACUACAGACUUCAGUAUUUUUGCUACCUGUUCAAGCUACCUAUAAUUAAGUGCGAUAGGAUCACAUCACAAAAGACGUGUCUGUGAUUUCGGGACCAUUCUUCAAAGGAUCAUCUCCCGUUAAACACCAUAUUACGAAUUUGUUAUGAGUGUUGGAAUGUUUUUUUCAUGAUUGUGAAAGAUAUAGGUUCCUAUUAAUGUUAGCUUCACUGGUGUUGUAGUCGUGGAAUCAACUGUACCAGGGAUUUGCUUCUGAGAUUUGAAACCUCUGGCUGAUCAACCACAAUGGAAUAUCUUCAACAAUUUAUGUAAGACUGCCGUUUUAUUCCGCAAUCAACAGUAUGCCAGCGGCUUGUCAAAAACAGGCACUGGACAAGACAACCAGUGAUAAAUAUUCAAGUCUCAGUGAAGAGACAAAUGUAGUGGGUUUGAAUGACUCCAAAAACGACUGCCAGUUAACCUGGCUGCCAAUUAACCUGGGUCCGAUGCCCCUUAAGAAGGGUGUCCGUGUCGCUCUUAACCGUUGUCGGCGCUCAGAGAUAGCCUCGUGCACAUUCAACUAGGGUAUUUGGUAAUGCUUGCAACCGCUCAUGUCAUUCAUAUGUCAUAGCUGGAAUAGUGCUCACUAGUGUGCAAAACUCAUCCAAUAUACUUGCAGGAUUGCUUGGUUAUAAGGCAGCGAUAACUGGUCGUUUUUAACAGUUUAUAUAACCUGGGCCUAGAUUUUCAAAACAAUCUUAGACCUAAACUUUUCUUAAAGGAAAUCGAAGACCGUCGUAGUAUAUUUUGGAAACUAUCGUAGCUCUUAGAUAUCGUAAAAUUGACGUAAAUCUAAGAUAGCUCUAUACUUGAUGAUGGUUUAUUUUAUGUUCAUGCUAGGUGGCGGUGUAUCGAUAUUUUUUUCAAACCAAUAACACGCAUUUCGUUGACACAUUGACAUUUCGUUUAGUUAAACUGUGCGAUUCAAAUCGACGCUUCGAAAACACAAAGAACGCAUAAAGGAUUCCAUGUCAGAAAUGAUGUUAUUCGCGAUCGCGAUCUUCACAACUAUGGAGUCGAUAGCCUAAAAUACGAUUUCUAUCUGAUAUGAGUAUAGUCUGAGUGUCAAACAGACUAUAUUUUCGAAAUUCGAUAUGUUCUUUUAUUCAACUUAACUUGAAAGGGAUUGGUAAACAGGCCUUAGGUGUACGCCGUCAUAUUGCAUUUGUGUCUUUAUUUUCGCAUUUAAGAGAAGUAAAUCAAUCUACAUAAAUGACGAGUUGCAAAACCAUAAGUGUUUAAAAUCGUGUUGGAAUUUGAAUUGUUACGUAUCUGCAGUGUAUAUAUGUAUUACAUUGGCAAGAAUAACACAUACGAUAAAAUAUUUGUACGAUAAAA